UGUGCUGCAUUCCCCAAAGCAGCAGCCGCGGCCCACCACGCUGUGUGAAGUUCCCGGCACUCACUCAGCCGCGGCUGCUCGUCAGCCUCAAUUGUUGAUGAGCCUUGGCGCUCGCUCGUCAGUGCGCGGGAGACAACCCAUUUUGCUUUCUUAGAGACAGGGGUGAGAAAUGAGCUGCCGAAGAAAUUUGGCAAUGAGGAGAGUAAAAGGCAGUUUCGUGCCAGCGGCUAAGUUGUAAAAUUGCUUUGGAGGCUGCUGCCCCCGGGGAGCACAAUAGAAUUGACAAGAACAGACACCGUUGCAGACCAGAGGCAUGCUUGAUUGCACUUGAGUCUGAACGCUGGGAAGCAGCAUCCUCCUGCUCUAACUAUUUGUGGCGGAAUAAAGGAAAGGAGACUAGAAACACGAUUGCAAGUGGUAAUUCCUGAAAGGAAAACACAUACGCUCAGAAAGAAGGGGAGGAACGGCUCAGCUGGUGUGUACAUUUUUUUAAAGGCGAAUCCCUCAGGUUCAUGACAGAUUAAUCAAGUUAAUUACCACUGCUCAUGAGUUUACAUAUAUUCUUCUGUGGGCAGCUUCUCUUUCCAUGCAAAGUGGAAGAUCAGGAAAUACAUGAAGUUAUGUGGAAAUGAGAAAGGUUUAUGAAACCGCUCCUCCAGGAGAGAAUAUCUUUCAUAAAUGGAGUUUUGCUUCUGUUUUGUGCAGGGCAUUGACAUUGUGGCAGAACCACAAUUGCCCUUGCUGCUCUUUUCAGUGAUACACAGAACAUCUCAACAGUGAUGCUUGCCUUGGAUUUACAAAUUUUCAUUCUGUUACCUUGUUUACUUCUUUGGACUAGAAAAGCUUGCACUAAUUGCUCUCCAUGGUGGCUCAUCUUUUCAAGAGAUUGAUUUUACCUUAUAUACAUAAGCUCUGCAAAGGAAUGUUUACAAAGAAAUUGGGAAAUACAACCAAAAAAAAGGAGAAUCGUCAGCAGAAAAAGGAUCAAGAUUUUCCUACUGCUGACCAGAACAAACCCCCUAAAUUUUCUAAUACCUUGAAAAGUACUGUAAAGAGGAUUGCAAAGUGUUCAUCUGCUCGCAACCUCUCCACUGAGGAAGACGAAGCUAAUAAAGAAUUUUCUCUCUCUCCAACAUUCAGUUACCGAGUAGCCAUUGCCAAUGGUCUGCAAAAGAAUGUUAAUGUAACCAACAGUGAUAAUGAGGAUCUGCUUCAAGAGUUAUCAUCAAUUGAAAGUUCCUAUUCAGAAUCACUAAAUGAACUAAGGAGUAGUACAGAAAACCAGACACAGUCAACACCCAUAAUGCCAGUAAGACGAAAUAGAAAGAGUUCCAGCAGCCUGGCACCUUCUGAGGGCAGCUCUGAUGGGGAACGCACUCUUCAUAGCUUAAAACUAGGAGCUUUACGCAAGCUGAGGAAAUGGAAAAAGAGUCAAGAGUGUGUCUCCUCAGAUUCAGAAUUGAGCACAAUGAAGAAAACCUGGGGGAUAAGAAGCAAAUCUUUGGACAGAACUGCCCGAAACCCAAAGACAAAUACCUUGGAACCAGGAUUCAGUUCCUCUGGCUGCAUUAGCCAAACACAUGAUGUCAUGGAAAUGAUCUUUAAGGAACUUCAGGGAAUAAGUCAGAUAGAAACAGAACUUUCUGAACUACGAGGACAUGUCAAUGCUCUUAAACAUUCCAUUGAUGAGAUCUCCAGUAGCGUGGAGGUUGUACAAAGUGAAAUUGAACAGCUACGAACAGGAUUUGUCCAGUCUCGAAGGGAAACCAGAGACAUCCAUGAUUACAUUAAACACUUAGGUCAUAUGGGUGGUAAGGCAAGCCUGAGAUUUUUAAAUGUGCCUGAAGAAAGAUUUGAAUAUGUUGAAAGUGUGGUGUACCAAAUUCUGAUAGAAAAAAUGGGGUUUUCAGAUGCAGCAAAUGCUGUUAAAAUUGAAUUUGCUCAGAGGAUAGGACACCAAAGGGACUGCCCAAGUGCAAAGCCUCGACCCAUACUUGUGUACUUUGAGACCCCUCAGCAAAGGGACUCUGUAUUGAAAAAAUCAUAUAAACUCAAAGGAACAGGCAUAGGAAUCUCAACUGAUAUUCUUACUCAUGACAUCAAAGAAAGAAAAGAGAGACUGAUACCAUCCUCCCAGACAUAUGAGAGCAUGGAUAUGAAGCUGUCUACACCAGAGCCCAAAGUCAAGAAGAACAAUUGGCAGUCACCUGAUAAUAGUGAUGGAGAACUACAGUCUGACCUCAAUAGGAAUAGUUAUGCUGUGCUUACCAAGUCAGAGUUUCCAGCAAAAGGAAGUACUUCCAAAUCAAGUUCAAAAUCACACAAUGUCAGAUCCAAGAAUAAAACUACUAAUAGCAGAAUUUCGAAUAAAUCAGGCUAUGAUAAAAUUUCCCCACAAUUGCAAGAAUCGACUAACUUGGGAAAGCAGACUACAACCCAGUAUGCAGAUGCAGCACCUCUCUGGCAUUCACAGAGUGAUUUUUUCACUGCUAAACUUAGUCGUUCUGAGUCAGAUUUUUCCAAAUUGUGUCAAUCUUACUCAGAGGAUUUUUCAGAAAAUCAGUUUUUCACUAGAACUAAUGGAAGCUCCCUCCUGUCAUCUUCAGAUCGGGAACUUUGGCAGAGGAAACAGGAGGACAUACCUACCUUGUAUGACAGGUCUCACAACCAGCAUGUAAAUGCGACUGUCCAGGGCAUCCAAGGGCAGAGUGAAAUUGAGAACACAGAAACUGUGGACAGUGGAAUGAGUAAUGGCAUGAUAUGUGCAUCUGGAGACCGAAGUCAUUACAGUGAUUCUCAACUUUCUUUACAUGAGGAUCUUUCUCCAUGGAAGGAAUGGAAUCAAGUAGAGCAAGGAGCUGAUUUAGGUUUGGAUUCAUCUACCCGGGAAGCUUUUGACUAUGACACAAACAGUCUAUCAGAUCAACAGCUAGAUGCUUACAGUAAAGACCUGGAAGACCUGGGAAAGUGCCACAGUGACCUUCAGGAUGACUCUGAGAGCUAUGACUUAACCCAAGAUGACAACUCAUCUCCUUGUCCUGGCUUGGAUAAUGAACCACAAGGCCAAUGGGUUGGCCCAUAUGAUUCUUAUCAGGAAGCUAAUUCUAAUGAGCUGUACCAAAAUCAGAAUCAGUUGUCCAUGAUGUACCGAAGUCAAAGUGAACUACAAAGCGAUUAUUCAGAGGAUGCCCCAUCCAAAUCUUGGCAUAGUCGAUUAAGCAUUGACCUCUCUGAUAAGGCUUUCAGCUUCCCAAAAUUUGGAUCUACACUACAGAGGGCUAAAUCAGCCUUGGAAGUGGUAUGGAACAAAAGCACACAGAGUCUCAGUGGAUAUGAGGACAGUGGUUCUUCCUUAAUGGGGAGAUUUCGGACAUUAUCCCAAUCAACUGCAAAUGAAUCAAGUACUACCCUUGACUCUGAUGUCUACACAGAGCCUUAUUACUACAAAGCAGAGGAUGAGGAGGACUACAGUGAAGCAGUGGCUGAUAAUGAAACAGAUUAUGUUGAAGUGAUGGAGCAAGUGCUUGCUAAGCUAGAAAACAGAACGAGCAUGACAGAAACAGAUGAACAAAUGCAGGAAUAUGAUCACCCUUCAUAUGAAACACCUUAUGAAACCCCACAAGAUGAGGGUUAUGAUGGGCAGGAAGAUGAUGUGGUUAGUGAAGAGGGACUGGAAUCUUUAAAUGAAAUAGCUGAAAUGGAAGUCAAAGAAGAUGAAAAUCAAAACAUCCCUGAACAACCAAUGGAAAUCACGAAGCCAAAGAGAAUCCGUCCUUCUUUCAAAGAAGCAGCUUUAAAAGCCUAUAAGAUGCAAAUGGCAGAAUUAGAAGAGAGGAUCCUGGCUGGAGAUAGCAAUUCUGUGGAUGAAAAGGCUCGAAUAGUAAGUGGCAGUGAUUUGGAUGCUUCUAAAUUCUCUGCACUCCAGGCAUUUGGUGGAGCUGGGUGGGGACUUUAUGGUAUUGACAGUAUGCCAGAUCUCCGCAGGAAAAAAACUUUGCCUAUUGUCCGAGAUGUGACCUUGGCUGCCCGGAAAUCUGGACUCUCCCUGGCAAUGGUGAUUAGGACAUCACUGAACAAUGAGGAACUGAAAAUACAUGUCUUCAAGAAGACCUUACAAGCAUUAAUCUAUCCCAUGUCCUCAACCACCCCACACAAUUUUGAGGUCUGGACGGCUACAACUCCUACCUACUGUUACGAGUGUGAAGGGCUCCUGUGGGGCAUUGCCCGGCAAGGCAUGAAGUGUUUGGAGUGUGGAGUCAAGUGCCAUGAAAAGUGUCAGGACCUCCUAAAUGCUGACUGUUUGCAGAGGGCAGCAGAGAAGAGUUCUAAGCAUGGUGCCGAAGACAAGACUCAGACAAUUAUUACAGCGAUGAAAGAAAGAAUGAAGAUCAGGGAGAAAAAUAGGCCUGAAGUGUUUGAAGUGAUUCAGGAAAUGUUUCAGAUUUCUAAAGAAGAUUUUGUGCAGUACACAAAGGCAGCCAAACAGAGUGUACUGGAUGGGACAUCUAAGUGGUCAGCAAAAAUAACCAUUACAGUUGUUUCUGCACAAGGCUUACAGGCAAAAGACAAAACAGGGUCAAGUGAUCCAUAUGUUACAGUUCAAGUUGGAAAGAAUAAAAGAAGAACCAAAACCAUUUUUGGAAACCUGAAUCCAGUAUGGGAUGAAAAGUUCUAUUUUGAGUGCCAUAACUCCACAGAUCGAAUCAAAGUCAGAGUAUGGGAUGAAGAUGAUGACAUUAAAUCCAGAGUCAAGCAACAUUUUAAAAAAGAGUCAGAUGACUUUCUGGGACAAACGAUUGUAGAAGUGAGGACCCUAAGUGGAGAAAUGGAUGUCUGGUACAACUUAGAGAAACGGACAGAUAAGUCAGCUGUAUCUGGGGCCAUUCGGUUGAAAAUCAAUGUGGAAAUAAAAGGAGAAGAGAAGGUUGCUCCAUAUCAUAUACAGUAUACAUGUUUACAUGAGAAUCUGUUCCAUUACUUGACUGAAGUGAAAUCUAAUGGUGGAGUGAAAAUCCCAGAGGUCAAAGGGGAUGAAGCCUGGAAAGUUUUUUUUGAUGAUGCUUCCCAAGAAAUAGUUGAUGAAUUUGCCAUGCGUUAUGGGAUUGAAUCCAUUUAUCAAGCUAUGACGCACUUUUCAUGUCUGUCUUCAAAGUACAUGUGCCCUGGUGUCCCUGCUGUCAUGAGCACCUUGCUGGCAAAUAUCAACGCUUUUUAUGCUCACACAACAGUUUCCACAAAUGUACAAGUUUCUGCCUCAGAUCGAUUUGCUGCUACCAACUUUGGUAGGGAAAAAUUCAUAAAACUGCUGGACCAGCUGCAUAACUCUUUAAGGAUUGACCUGUCAAAGUACAGGGAAAACUUUCCUGCUAGCAAUGCUGAAAGACUGCAAGACCUGAAAUCAACUGUUGACCUGCUAACAAGUAUCACCUUUUUUAGGAUGAAGGUUCUAGAGCUUCAGAGUCCCCCAAAGGCUAGCAUGGUCGUGAAGGACUGUGUCAGAGCUUGCCUGGAUUCUACAUACAAGUAUAUUUUUGACAAUUGCCACGAACUCUAUUCCCAGCUAUUAGAUCCGAGUAAGAAACAAGACAUUUCUCGGGAAGAUCAGGGACCAACAAUCAAGAAUUUGGAUUUUUGGCCCCAACUGAUUACACUGAUGGUCACAAUUAUUGAUGAAGAUAAAACUGCCUACACACCUGUCCUAAAUCAAUUUCCUCAAGAACUGAAUAUGGGAAAAAUCAGUGCUGAAAUUAUGUGGACCCUUUUUGCUCUGGAUAUGAAAUAUGCGCUGGAAGAACAUGAAAAGCAGCGGUUAUGCAAGAGCACCGAUUAUAUGAAUUUGCAUUUCAAAGUGAAAUGGUUUUAUAAUGAAUAUGUGCGAGAACUUCCUGCCUUCAAGGAUGCAGUUCCUGAAUAUUCAUUGUGGUUUGAACCCUUUGUCAUACAGUGGCUAGAUGAAAAUGAAGAUGUGUCGAUGGAAUUCCUUCAUGGAGCACUAGGAAGAGACAAAAAAGAUGGAUUCCAGCAGACAUCUGAUCAUGCCCUAUUCUCCUGUUCUGUGGUUGAUGUCUUCGCCCAGCUUAAUCAGAGCUUUGAGAUUAUUAAGAAACUGGAAUGCCCUAAUCCUGAGGCAUUAUCUCACCUAAUGAGAAGAUUUGCAAAGACUAUCAAUAAAGUUCUGCUUCAGUAUGCUGCAAUUGUAUCAAGUGAUUUCAGUUCAUAUUGUGAUAAAGAAAAUGUGCCCUGUAUAUUGAUGAAUAAUAUUCAACAAUUACGAGUUCAGCUGGAAAAAAUGUUUGAAUCCAUGGGAGGCAAAGAGUUAGAUCCUGAAGCUAGCGCUGUUCUCAAAGAGCUUCAAGUUAAACUCAAUGGGGUUCUGGAUGAGCUCAGCAUCACUUAUGGUGAAAGUUUCCAGCUUAUCAUUGAAGAGUGUAUAAAACAGAUGAGUUUUGAACUAAAUCAAAUGAGAAUAAAUGGAAAUACUGCAUCUAAUAAGAACAGUGCCGCCAUGGAUGCUGAGAUUGUAUUAAGACCUCUCAUGGACUUCCUGGACAAAACAUUAAGUCUCUCAGCAAAAAUCUGUGAGAAGACAGUCCUGAAGCGAGUUUUGAAAGAGCUAUGGAAACUGGUUCUUAACAAAAUAGAAAAACAAAUUGUUCUACCUCCUCUGACAGAUCAAACAGGACCCCAGAUGAUUUUCAUUGCAGCUAAAGAUCUCGGCCAACUAUCCAAACUGAAGGAGCAUAUGAUUCGAGAAGAUGCCAAGGGUCUGACACCAAGACAGUGUGCUGUAAUGGAGGUGGUCCUGGCUACCAUCAAGCAAUAUUUUCAUGCAGGAGGAAAUGGCCUGAAAAAGAACUUCUUGGAAAAAAGCCCAGAUCUUCAGUCUCUGAAAUAUGCUCUCAGUCUUUAUACCCAAACUACUGAUGCCUUGAUAAAGAAAUUCAUAGACACUCAAACCACACAGAGUCGCUCCUCAAAAGACUCAGUGGGCCAGAUAUCUGUUCAAGUGGACAUCACCACCACCCCGGGAACUGGCGAGCAUAAAGUGACUGUAAAAGUGAUUGCUAUUAAUGACCUAAACUGGCAGACCACAGCAAUGUUCCGCCCCUUUGUGGAAGUUUGUAUACUGGGACCCAACCUUGGAGACAAGAAAAGAAAACAAGGCACAAAGACAAAAAGCAACACGUGGUCACCAAAGUACAAUGAAACCUUUCAGUUCAUUCUGGGUAAUGAAAACCGCCCAGGGGCCUAUGAGCUUCAUCUCUCAGUCAAGGACUACUGCUUUGCCCGAGAAGAUCGAAUCAUUGGAAUGACAGUAAUUCAGCUACAGAACAUAGCAGAAAAGGGAAGCUAUGGGGCAUGGUAUCCCCUUCUGAAAAAUGUCUCUAUGGAUGAAACUGGUUUGACUAUUCUUAGAAUACUUUCUCAGAGGACCAGCGAUGAUGUGGCUAAAGAAUUUGUAAGACUUAAAUCUGAAACACGAUCUGCUGAAGAGAGUGCUUGAAACAAAUACUGCAAGCUAUCAUCUUCAAGAAUUCAAAACCUAUUUAACUGUUUGAUUACUGCAUGCAUGUGCAAAUACAUGGGAAUGUUUAUUUCACUAUGUUUCAGUGUUUGCCAGUACUCAACUACAGUGUCUACAAGGUCUGUGAAAAACCUGAUGAACUUUUAUACCAAUUCUGGUCUUUGGGAAAUAAAUGUUCCAUGAAGUGCCAAAAUUAUGACAUAAAUUAAAAUAUUCAUACAUCUUUUAAGAUAUUUCAUUACAUCACCAGUUUUUCAUCCAUUAGACAUACUAAGAAACACAAUUGGUAUUUUGAGUUUGUCCUUUAGCUGUCUUUGUUAAUAUUGCCCAUAGAUCCAAAAGUAUUUGUUACUCAAAUUCUGUUUUAUUUAGACUUACCUCAUUGUAGAUGUCUUACAAAAACCCUUUUCUAUCAUAACUAAAGUGCAGUCACUUCUAGAAAGAGUUUGUAAUUUUAUAGUUGCAGAUAUAUUGUGAUGAUUUUUGCAUACAAACUAAAAUAGAAACGGUAGGAAAUAUUUUAUGCCGAGUUUCCAACCUUUCUGAAAUAUCACUGUGAAGAAAUGCUAUUAAAGCAAACUUAUACAAAGCAAUGCUAAAUAGUUUGUUAACAAUGUUUGAUAUAUUGACAAAAUUUUGUUCCCCAAAACUGCCAAGGUCACAUCACAUUUAUUAAAAACAAAAAGUUGAUGCAUUUGCCAUCCAACAUUGUCUUGGCUCUACCAAAUGUCAUUCUUGAGAAAGUCACAGGAUUAAUGGUUUAGAAUGGGAUGGAAGGUUUGUGUCUUCAUAUUAUCUCUGAUAAGUAGCUAUAUUGUUAGUGGUUUUCCUUCUGACAGCUAUAACUUUCUUCUAAUUUACUUAGUGUUAUAAUUGGUUAAAUACUUUUUUCUUUUCAAAAAUAUUCAACAAUUUGUACUGAAUGCUGCAUUACUAUAUACUGCCCUAGAGCAAAAAGUCAUGUCUUCAUCUCUUCAGUGAAAAAUGUAAAAUAAAGUCUGAAGAAAUUGCUAACAAUUUUGUAAUUUAUGUUAUUCAUAUGCCUAAGAUGCAUCGGAUGCAAUAGGAAAAUAACUUAAUAUGGCUUGGUACAUAAAAAUACGACUAUGUUGAUUCUUGAAUAUGAAUUAGAUUAUGAAUGUACAUUUUCUGUAUUCUUAUGGUUUGAUUACUUAGAGUCUGUAGCUAAAAUCUUGGCUGUAGAGCAGGACUUCGAAAUUGUAUCUUAUGGUCACAACUGUUAAUGGACAAUAGGCACAUGCAGUAAAGAGCCUGUUUGGUGAAUUGGUCUGACAUGUUAAGAACAGAAAUGAAAUCUCGUGAUUCACAGAACCAUUCUGUCACUGGGUCUGAAAACAUAGCACUGUGAUAUCCACUAAUUCAUGUUAAAAUUGUUAGGAUACUGCUUUGUUAAUGACUUCUCAAAUGCAUAAUAUGAUGUGAUCCUCUGGCAUAUGCGUUAAUAAAUGGAUGUAUACUGAGCACAU